AUGGCCUCCGCACGUCAGUUGGGCCUCCACGGUGCUUGGGGCCAGAUCCAGAUCCACCGGCGGGGUGCUGAUGAGGCAGAGCGCAGCGGCACUGGGAGCGGGCUGCUGACGAGGUCUUGGGGCGUGCGGCUGCCAGGUGGGAGCGCCACCGGCGACUGGGCGACAACAGGCUGCGUCCUCGGUGUGUUGCUUCGACCGAUGGCUUUUUCGAUGCUGCCCACCUUGCGCCCUAAUGACUGGCGUGCGGUCAUCUGUGUCCGUGUCUGCCGCAAGUGGGAGUAUCGCGGUGGGACCGAUGAUGGUCCGGUACAGCACGUGGACCUUGUGCUUCUUGAUGAACAGGGCAACAGUCUCUAUGGUGAAAUCCCUGGACCUGAGGUUCAUGCAAAGAGCCCGCUCAUAGAUGAGGGGGGCAUCUAUGUGAUUGAUCGAUUUAGGGUCUCCAAUGCGAAGGCAGCCUACAGGCCUAUUGACGCCCCCUACAUGGUUGAGUUCACACUGCACACCACUGUGUCAGCUGCAAGAAGUGGCAUGCCUGACUUCCCAAAAUAUGCAUACAAGAUCACUCCUAUAGAUGGCCUUGCUGUUCAUUCUGGUGACACUAAGAACUUCCAUGAUACCAUUGGAACACUGGUGGAGGUAUCUGACAUCCACACUGUGCAUCUGCCUAACAAACCUGCGCCCACGCUCUCCAGGCACAUUGUUCUUAGGGACCUUAGCUAUUCUGAGAUAAAGAUCACUCUGUGGGGCCAAAGAGCCACUACGUUCUCUACUGAGGGUGUCUACGACAGCAAUGAAGCCAAGCCAAUCGUUGUCCUGUUUGUCGGAGGACUGGUGAAAUCUUUCCAAGGCAGCUACUACCUAAGUGGCAAUACAGCAUGCCAUUGGUAUUUCAAUCCAAUGAUUCCAGAGGCGCACCAGUUCUAUGCGAGUUUCCACAACCAGAGGCUUGAGAUAAGCAAGUCCUAUGUGCCAGAUGGUACUGGAUAUAGAUGCAUUCCAUGCUCAAACACAUCGUUCAAGUUCAAGUACAAGGUGUGUUUCAUAGCCCUCGAUGGCACUGAUGAAGCUGAGAUGGUUUGCUUUGGAGACAUUGCUCGUCGUAUGAUUGGAAAGCUUGUCCAGCAGCUUCUGAGGACAUCUACAAGUGCUAAUGCAUAUCCACCUGAUAUAACAAAGCUGGUCUCUCCUAGAUUCACUUUCGUAGUUACAAUGACCCGUCAGAGCUACUACAGGGCCCAGAAGACCUACAAUGUUGCAUCUCUGGUGACAGCACAUGGCCAUCCUGUUGCUGUUCCGGCUAAUGCUGCACGUGGUAAUGCUGGAAACAAAGACCAUGGCCAUCUUGGUGCCGCUGAAUCUGGUGAUUCCUCGGGUACAAGUGAUGGUGCAGAUACACAUCAGCUGUUGUCUGCUGUGGCCCAUCCAAGAGCAGCAACCAUCCUUCCUCUCGCCGUAGGCUUUUCAAAGAGGGUACUGGUGCUGACAUUGCUGAUCCAGACGGUGCAGGCGCAAGCGCUGCGUCUGACAAGACUCAGGCUCCUGAAGAGGACCGCUCCUCUGGGGAACCUUCUACCGCUGAGGAGAGCGGCUAGAUAA